UAGGAAGGACAUACCGGUAAAAGAAAGGUGGGGGAGGGGAGAGGCGUGCAGGAAACGCUACUGUCAGUUGGAUUGGUGUUUUGUCCCGGCGCGCCGAGUGAUCAUUUGAAAAGGAAGGACCACCUCUGUUCACCAUAUUUGGCAAACUUUCCCUAAUAUGGUAACGUCUACUUCUAAAUAUGGCAGCCGGGGACGCCCUCUCGUUGAUUCUUGUACUACUCCGCGCAAUCUUUUUGCCAUAAAAUUUGGAAUAUUCAAGUCACGCAAAAGAUAUUUAUCGGUGAAUCCAAAAUCCCCAGGAUAAUUUUUAUUUUUCUACGAAGAAAUUUUUAAAGAUCUUCUUCCAAGAAACUCUAUUUCGAUUGAGUGGACUACUUUUUUACCGCGUACGUGGAAGUUGGUGGGGGUAACAGCUGCGCAGAAACAUACGGAGGCACCGUGUUAGCACGUAGGUCAAGUUACGAUACUCUGCGCGCAUUCAGUUCGCGGGGAGCGCUCGUGCAGUGCGCGUUGUUGUCCCGUGUUCCUCUAGAUGGUUGAUCACGUGGGAAACAUUGCGCCGAGUUUUCGCGAUUCCGUGGCGGAGAAGGGCCGAGGGAAAGGGAAUAAAUGUGUGCGAGUCCGUAAUGGACAACCCUAGCGGCGGAAGAGAUAGUCGGUACGCAAGUCUUGGAUACAGCAUGGGGAUGAUAGGCAGCGACGCUGGCUCGGAAAUGUACGGCCGACCGUCCACCUCCCAACUUACAACUUCUCAAAUAAGCCGCGGUGGCGCCACCAUGAUGGCCGCGGCAGCCGCUGCAGGCGCACCGAACGCCGGCGUGGGAUCUGUACAAAGGGGUAUCAAGAGGACCACUUCGGACGUUUGUUACGAUGACAGCAAUGCACGGCAAGCUCUUUCGCAACAACAAGGCAUGUCAAUGUCUACUGAUUGUGUUCCUGAUAAUCUUGAGGAAUCAUUUACAAGUUUGGGUCAACCGAAAAAGUCACCUCCCUCAAAUGGUAAAAAGACCAAAGGACGGGUCAAAAUUAAAAUGGAGUACAUCGAUAAUAAACUACGAAGGUACACUACCUUCUCCAAGAGGAAAACUGGAAUUAUGAAGAAGGCGUACGAGCUGUCGACACUGACAGGUACACAAGUGAUGCUCCUCGUGGCAAGCGAGACCGGUCAUGUGUAUACAUUCGCGACACGAAAACUGCAGCCGAUGAUAACGAGCGAAGCCGGGAAAGCGUUGAUCCAGACUUGCCUGAACAGCCCGGACCCGCCCGCCUCCGGUUCCUCCGGUGACCAGAGGAUGUCCGCGACCGGGUUUGAGGAGACAGAAUUGACCUACAACAUAGCCGACGACGAGCAGAAAGAAGACGGCACUUCACCUAGGUCGGACGUGUGCGCGAAUGAAAGCGACGGGGACACCAGUGAUGGCGAUUCUCCCGUGUCGAAGGAUCUCUCGAAAAAUCACUCGGGUAUAAUGUACCAGAUGCCACAGACAGUGAUUUACUCGCCAAGUCCAGGGGUUCUACUCGGUAUCGGUCAAAAUGGCCAGCCAGUGCAAAUAUCUCAAGAAGGAGGCACGGUAGCCCCGGUUAACACGACGCAGAGUAAUCAACAGCCGUUCAUCACGAUACCGUUGAACGUCGCGAUGAGCGCCGCCGGAUUGUCGCUUCCGGUCACUUCCAGGAUGAAUCUAUCGCCGUCGCCUCGAUCGCCGACGACCACGGCAACGGCAACGUCGUCCAACUGCGAGCUGCCAUCGGAUCUGAGCAAAGAUCGUGAGUGAUAUAUCGUGGAUCGAGCCUCGAUUAAGAAAAACCCUCCUCGAUACCUGUCGCUCGCCGACGCAACUAAAAGAUUUGACCCGACGAGAUUGGACGGGCCAUCUUUUUUCCAAUCCAUCGUUUCGCUUCAACCGAACGAGGACGUGUAUUGUGUGACGAGAGAACUCGAAAAUCUUGAAUCCUCGUACUGUCGAGAGUACGUGCACGUUUCGGUUCUCGAUCCGGAUCGAUCGAUCCGACGAUCGAGGCCGCGGUCAGAGAUGCGUUCGUGUUCACGCAAGGAGAUCGCACGAUGCUCGACGAAUGUUCGACCUGCAUGUGAUUGGUAUACGGUGGUUGGCAUAUCUUGCAAUUGUGGCUGCCAAAUUCGAUGCUCAACAAAGGAUGGCAAAGGAUGGCCAUCGAACUUUUCAUACGAACGUUGUUGCGUUUGAAUUAAAAACUUGAAGCGAGGGUUUAUAUACGAUAUUUGAUAUUGCUUAGAAUUUCUUUCUGGGUGUGAACCGUGUCCAACGGGAAUUUUAUUAACACUGUAGCUUAUUUCUUCGUGGAUCAUUGCGUGUCAUUUGACCCCCUCGAGGAAAUUAUUUAUAAUGUUGGCGAAAAAUUUCUAUUGGACGCGAUUGUUAUGCAUUCUGUGGAUAUAAUUACACGAGUUAAUGUUCUUUUUUUUUUUUUUUUUUUAGUAAGAUAAUAAAUAAUUUAAUCUUUGAUCAGAGGCAUGAAUUAAUUUGUUGUUAUUUUAAAGAAAAUAAAAAUUUUAUUUACGGUAACAUCGUGAUAAUAUCGUGGUAUUGUUCAACUUUGUGUGUGAAAAUGCAAAUAUUUAAAUUUAAAAAAUAGAAAUCUAAAAGCGUUGAUUUAUAUUAAAUAUUGAUAAAUAUUGAUAAAACGUUAAUUAAAGAAGUUUCGCUAUCAGUUUAGAAAUUUAUUGAUACAAAAUAAAUCUUAAAAUUGCCUUUUCUAUAAUACUUUUUGUAUUUUCAGUAAAAAAAAGACUCUUGUAUAAAAUUAUAUACAAAAACUAAAACUUUUAUAUCAUUUAUCUUCUUUACAUGCACACAACAUUCAUCGUAACGUUCAUUGUUUCAACGCUUUUGCGAUCAUGGUUUGAAAUGAACAUUUUCUGCGAUAUUACCGAUAUUUUUAUUGCUAAUAUUUGUUUAUUAUCGUACGAUUUUGUUAAAAAAUCUCGAAUUUUAUCGACAUCCUCUUUUGCACUCGCGAUAACCGACGGCAAUGCGUUUCGACGCGAAGAAGCUCGCCGCCAUCAUCUCGAGAUCUUUGAUGAUGUUAAAAGGUAUUAUAACGAAAAUUAAAAAUCUUAUCAAUCUUGAUUUUCUUCUAGAGAAAUAGAAGAAUAUAAUAUUCUCUAUAAUAUUUACAUGAAUAUUAUCUGUAGAUAAUCGUAUCUAAUAAGAUGAUAGAAUUAUGAUCGUAUUCGUGAUUAUAAUCAUAAAAUAUAUCACGAUAUAAUCAUAAAAUUGGUAAUUUUUAUUACGAGCUUCUUAAUUUUUAAAAAUUAUCAAUUGUAUAUCGGAAAAUCAUAUAAAAAUACUGUUAUUAAAAUAUAAAAUCGAGUGCAAAGGUGGAAAUUUUGUGGGUUUUUUCCUACGUACGAUUUUAUACCUAUGAUGUAAAUUAAUUCGAGAUAGGUUGUGGUAUGAAAUAAUAAUCAAUGCGAAUUGGUAUAUAUAUUUUUCAUUAAUGCUGGGCUUCGUUUGGCCGGCAUUUAAUCGAUACUGGUGCAAUACUAGUCGAACGUUCUGUCCGAUAAUUGUUCCACGAAAUAAUGUUUGUACUUUCCUCGUAGAAUUCACCCUUUUUCGAGAUAUUCAAUGUUUCGUUAAUUGUUAUAUAAGAAGGUUCGUCAAAGGGAUCGAUAUUUUUUCAACGUUAAAAACGUACACAUAAAAUGUAGAGUCGUUUAGAGAUUGGCGAAUGUAUUUGAACGCACAAUUGUUAAAUUGAACGAUAGUAAUAUGAAAAUGAAUUAAAGCAACGAUGAAAGAUCGAAAAAUUUUUGCGGUGAUAUAUUUUAUAUACGCGCGUCAACGAUCCGAAUUUUAUAUUCUUCGAAAUGUAUUGAAUAAUUCGAUACAUGAUAUCGUUUUGAAUUCCAGUUUCUAUCAGAGACAAAAUCUCACCAUCACAAGCAAAAAAACAACUUUGAAUAAAAGAGACAAUUGACAUUAAGAAAUUCUUUUCGAUAACAUAAUAAAUAUUGAUUACGAAAAAAAAUAUUUUCUAUUUUUAAAAAAAAAAAGAAUUGAAAAAAUGACUUGAAAAUGACUUAUAUAUAAAAAUAAGCAUAUCGUUACUUUAUUCAGAAACUGGAAUUCUAAAACUUGUAGAAUGAUAUAUAAUGAUGGAUCGUUAUGAAACGGUUAUGGAAUUGUUCGAUGUGGUACCAUUCGAUUGCGACAAUUUGUUCAUCCUAAUGUUUAUCCUAAAAAACGAAAGUUCAAAUUGUUCGAUAAUUGUUUUUAAAAUAUGAAAGAAUAGAAAAAGGUAAGGUAUCGAAGAUCGAUGAUUCGUGGGACGACGAUGACUUCUCAAUCGUACAGGGUGCUUUUAAAAUAUAAUCUAUAAGCUGGCGUUAUCGUUUUUUUGGACUCUAUAGGGGAGAGAAACUAUUAGAUAUAUUUUUUAACACGGAAGUGCGAUUAACUAAUUGGUUUAUUCCGAUUGCACGUUAAAUUUGACCGAAAACGUUUUAUUUAUUAGCUUUUAUUUGAGUAAUAAGAAAUAAUAAUUUGUAUUCGUGGUGAUACUGCAAAUUACAUUGAAAUUUCUUGAAUUCUUUGUAAAUUAGUUAUACAUACAAUGACAUAGACAUGGUAAUAAUAAUAGGUAUACACACAUAUUUCGAAAUCGAUAUAAUCGGAUAAUUAACCAAAUUGUUCAAUUGGUCAGUGAUAAUGUUGGCAAUCGUAAUUGUUUGUUUAUACGAUUAUGAUGAUUAAUAAUUAACCGUAAAAUAGUAAUAAGCACGCAUUAUUGUCAGCCAAGUUGAUUUAACAGUAUUUUUAAUCACAAUCUCUAUUUUACACGAUAUGGAAAUAAAUUAUCAGCUUGUGAUAGAUAAAUCGGGAAGAAUUUGUAUUUUUUUACAAUAUACCUACGAAUACGAUUUUUUAGUGCGGACAGUACUAUCGUGAGAAACGUGAGAAACAUCAUCAACAUUGCCAUAGGAAUUUUUUUCUUCUCUUUUAUUAAACAAUAUGUAUGCAAUAGUUUGUAUAUUUCUUUUCAAAGAUUUAUUUUUAUGUGUUGAUAAAUUUUACUUAUAUUUUUUUUUUUUUUGGAUAAAAAUAAAAUAAAAUAAAGUACCUGUUUCUUGAAGAAUAUUUGAAAAAAGAAAAAAUAAUUCAUAUGAAAACAAAUUAAACAAAAUGCACUUUUUUAAAAUAUAUCGAGUUUCUUACGUACACUAUUUGAUAGUGCCUUCCUGUAUAAUUCAAGAAUGUAGAAAAAAUUCAAGGAACCUUAGUAUUAGACUUAUAAAUACUAUCUACUCGUCAAAAUGAAUUUUUCGAAGUUAAUAUAUUUACGAAUUUCUUUAAUUUUUUUUUAUUAGCGCUGGUUCCUAUAGUGCUAGUCAAAAAAUUGUACCUAGUCAGUGAAAUAUGCAAUGAAACAAGCAUUUAAUUUCUAUAUCGUAACAUUGCUCAAAACAUUAGUAAAUUGAAAUUUGAAAUAAACAUUAAAAUUAAAUAAUAAAAUAAUGCAAAUUUAAAGAAUUUAAAAGUUUAGGAAUUUUAUUAAAAAUAAUUUUAUAUCAUAAAUAAAAUAUUUUUAUAUUUUUUAAUUGUUUGAAUUUACUUUAAAAAUUGUUUUGAGCAAUGAACAUAUUGUAUGGACUAUUGUAUGUAAGAAACUUACAUACAACAUGGACGAUAGUACGAUCCGAGGAAUGAUGUGAAAAAUUCUUAUGUCAAAAUCCAUACAUAUUUUAUUCAAAAACAAAUAUUUAUAUCAUGCAUUUAAAAUAAAUUUUUUGGAAAUAUUA